CAUGCUCAAAUUUCGGCUGUGAAGUGUGUCGUGUCUCUCAACUCUAGUUUAACUAGACCAAAGGCUGCGAAAUUUGGGUGAAUUAAGAGUUGAAAGUUCUUACCUUUAGCAUUUUGUGCGCAAUAUCUUGGACCGGGAUUUAAAGUUAUCAAAGGAGGUCAGGUGGAGAUGGAGGCAGACACACUUGAGGACCAGCUUCUCCUCUACGCUAAAGCGGGCAGUUGUUCUCACAUUCGGAGGCUCCUUCAGUCGAGGAUGGACCAAAGCAGCUCUCUCAAUAUCAACUGCAGAUCCAGGGUUAAAGCCAGUUCAGGAUGGACACCCCUCCAUCUGGCCUCUUACUUUGGACACAGGGAUGCUGUGGAGGAGCUACUCAAGGCAGGUGCUGAUGCAAAUUUGCAGAACAACAUGGGUGACACACCUCUACACAAAGCAGCCUACUCUGGGAGAAAGGAGAUUGUUCUGUUGCUGCUGCGGUAUGAUGCCUGCUCCAAUAUAAUCAAUGGAACAGCUCAAAUCCCUAAAGACGUCACAGAAGAUGAUGAAAUCAUUACAAUGCUGGAGGCUGCAGAGAGAAGAGAGACAAGGCGGCGGGAGGAAAAGCUUCUGGAAGCAGCCAGAGAGGGGGACAUCUCCACUCUGUCCAAGAUGCUCAGUGGAAAGGAGGCUCCAGAUAUUCACUGCAGGGACUCGGUGGGAAAUACGCCCUUACACUGUGCAGCCUACAGAGGGCAGAAGCAGUGCAUUAUAAAGCUGCUCAAGUCUGGAGCCAGCCCCAGCAUUAAAAACAGACUCGACCAGACAGCAUUAGAUCUAGCCCACAGUGAUGAACUGAGACUGAUUCUGGCAGCCUAUCAAGUAAAGGAUGCGAGCAGUGAGGUGCAGAAGAUUGAAGGCCCUCUGUGGAAGAGUUCACGCUUUCUUGGAUGGCGAUCCCACUGGGUGGUACUUCAAGAUGGAACUCUCUCCUGGUACCACAGACAAGCUGAUGCACAGGCUGGUGUCAGAAGGCAAGGCUCUAAGUCUCUAACACAAGCCUACUGCAUGGUCAAACCAUGGGAUCAUUGCUUCUUCAUGCUCAGGUGCUUUGAUGACACUGUACAUUAUUUUAAGGUCCCCUCAAAGACAGAUUCAGUGGCAACAAGAAAAAGAUGGUUGGAUGCUUUUGAGGCGCAUUCAUCUUAUAGCACACGCCACUACUCCCAAGAAAAGAUUAUCGACGAUGCAGACGGUGACGGUGGUGCAGCAGUGAAGAAUCUGCCACACGCCCUUCAGGCAGCCAACGCUUUACAGCAGAAAUUGGACAGUGAAGUGUCAAUAUUUCUAUCCAUGGUGAAGAAUGAGGAGAACUGUGCAUUGGCUGCCCCUCUGUUGCUGAAAGCCAAACAGACCAGUGAGCUCUCCAGUGAAACCUGUGCUGCUCUCCAUCUGUGCCUUGAACUGCUGUCAAAACAAGAGGAGGUGUGGAGUCUGAAGUUAGAGCAGGAGGUGGAGAAGAACAAAGCUCUGACAGAGGCUCUGCAGACUUUAGCAACUGAGCACCACGAACUCAAGCAGUCCCUGUAUAAGAGCAGGAGGUCAUCUACCCUCACUACCCUCACUGAAGAUGACUUCUUUGACGCUGUGUCAGAGUCGGAGUCGGAGCUCUCUGUGAGCGGCUUCCUGUCUGUGGCCAGUCACUCCUGCGAAGAGGACGAGGGGAGAGACACCCCCCUUCUCAGCCAUCCCAGCGCACUCAGGGGGCCUACCGGAAUGUCAGGAGAGGGUGACCAUGGCAACCAACCAGCGCAGUACAAUGGAGUCAAGAAGCACAGAACGUGUCUGCCGGCUCCCAUGUUCUCCAGGAAUGACGUCAGCAUCUGGAGUAUCCUGAAAAAAUGCAUCGGCAUGGAGUUGUCAAAGAUCGCCAUGCCUGUGAUAGUCAAUGAGCCUCUGAGUUUCCUCCAACGGUUAACAGAAUACAUGGAGCACACCUACCUCAUCCACCAGGCCAAUGCCACAACAGACUCUGUCGAGAGGAUGAAGUGUGUUGCAGCAUUUGCUGUGUCAGCUGUAGCAUCACAGUGGGAGAGGACUGGGAAACCCUUCAACCCACUGCUGGGUGAGACCUAUGAGCUCAUCAGAGACGAUUUGGGCUUUAGGUGGGUGUCAGAGCAAGUAAGCCAUCACCCUCCAGUCAGUGCCUUUCAAGCUGAGGGCCUCAGGGACGAUUUCAUCUUCCAUGGCUCCAUCUACCCCAAACUCAAGUUCUGGGGAAAGAGCAUAGAAGCUGAGCCCAAGGGAGUCAUCACACUGGAGCUGCCCAAAUAUAAUGAAGCCUACACCUGGACAAACCCCACCUGUUGUGUCCACAAUAUCAUUGUUGGUCAGCUUUGGAUUGAGCAGUACGGCAGCGUGGAAGUGAUCAAUCACAAGACCGGAGAGAGAUGCAGCAUGAUGUUCAAGCCCUGUGGCCUCUUUGGAAAAGAGCUCCAUAAAGUGGAGGGAUACAUCCUAGAUAAAAGCAAAAAGAAGCUCUGUGCAAUUUAUGGCAAAUGGACCGAAUGCCUAUACACAGUAGACUCUGCUACCUUUGAUGCCCACAAAAAGACAGACAAAAAGAAUUCCGAUGAAAAAAAGGGCAGUAAACAGAGCAGUGUGGAUGAGGAGCCAGAAGAGAUGCCUCCACCUGAUGCUGAGACAGUCCAGGUCAUCCCAGGCAGUGAGCUCCUCUGGAAGAUAACGCCUCGACCAGACAACUCAGCCAAGUUCUAUGCAUUCUCCACAUUCGCCAUGCACCUAAAUGAGCUGGAGAAGAGCAUGGAGGGAGUCAUUCCUCCAACAGAUAGUCGCCUCAGACCUGACAUCCGCGCCAUGGAGAAUGGUGAUAUAGAUCAGGCAAGCGCAGAGAAGAAGAGGCUUGAGGAAAAGCAGAGAAUGGCCCGGAAAAAUCGCACCAAAUCAACAGAGGAAUGGAAAACAAGGUGGUUUCAGCAAGGACCCAACCCUCACAACAAAGCUCAGGACUGGCUCUGCUUGAAAGGCUACUGGGACAGGAACUACACCCACCUGCCUGACAUCUACUAAUAAGUAGAAAUACACACAAAUACCAUACACAUGGAUAUCUACUUUUACCACCUUUGGACUUUGCUGUACUGGGGUUUGUGCUAGGGUUCCCUAGCACAGGCAACAAUCAAUGUCUUUAUGCAGUCAAAGGCAGUAAAACACUGAAUGAACCCAGAGGCAUAUAUUCUUCAAUAGAUGUGUGUGUGUGUGCGUGCGUGCGUGUGAACAAUAAAGCACAAGAACUCUCAUUUGCUUAUUUAUUGUGGUCCUUGACCACUUGAGUAUGGUAUAGGCAUGUAUUGGAAAUACUAGAAUGUAUUUUAGAAAUAUUUAUAUAUAUAUAUGUUAGAUGGAGUGUUUGAACAGCAACCUUGGUUUUGUUGUUGGUUGUCUGUCCAUAAUUCCUGCUGGUCAUGAAAACAUUUUACUCGUCAUCUUCAGUGCAGAGACGUACGAAGCAACACCGCCACAAACAGCUGCAAUGGAGGGCAUGAUGCAUCCUGAGCAUUUCCUUUAGACACUUUUAUAACUCUUAUUCUACUUGUGCAUACAUACUAUAAUGCAGUGCAAAGUAUCAAAAUAGAGCUGUUGGGAACGUUUGCCUUGGUUUUCACUUUCUAGUACUAUGAUUGUUGCAGAUAAUUAGUGUUUAACUGGACGCGUUCAAAAUCUGCUCGUUUGCAAUUGAUUGUAAAUCUGUGUCACGCUGCUUCUCUGCAAAGAUGAUAGCAAGUCGAAUGUUACCACAUCUGGCAAGAAUCAUGGCUAGUACUACAACAGUAAGACUUUUCACAAUAAAAUAAAUGUUUAAAACAACAUUAAGUCUUGAACUAUGUACUGUAUAGAUGUUUAUAGAGACUAACAGCAUUGCACAUAAGUCUACCUGACUCUGUAGAUACAGUAGCACUUUCUUCUAACUAUACUGAAGCAGGGAUCCUGGCUCUGCACUUAGAUUUGUGUGCGUGUGCGUGUGUGUGUGUGUGUGUAAAGGUCUUGCCAUAGUUAAAGUAUAAUUAGCUAUAUUUAUAUUGCGGUUGAUCUAACUGAAAUCUAACCAUCACAAAAAAUGCAUGUGCGUCACUAUAACUAUGCAAGCCUUACCUCUCUCACAGUCAAGCACUGAAUAUUCCUUUUCUCAUGUUGUGGAUAGCUGCUACAAGUUUUAGUUUUGUUUU